GCAGGGAGUGAGUGUGUGUCGCCAUUGCCGCUUGGCAGUGCUGUUGGGAGAGAAGGAGGAAGUCCGCAAAGCCAGCUUUCAGUUUUCAGUGGAUACUAGCCUAACAUGGACAAGAGUAAAAUAUGGACUUAUCGGUUGUAAUGACCUAACAGUAUUACGCCUCAAAUCAAACCUGGCUUUGGAGUUUUUUUUUCGGAGAACCCGACUGCCAACAGAAAAAGGGAUAUAUGUUUUUUUUUUAACCUUCGAACGUGGAUAUGCUUCCUUCUGUUUUCCGUGGUAUAUGGAUCUAGGAGCCACCAUGUUAUUAGCUCUAUUCCUACUGUUCAGUCCAAAACCAUGAUGACGCGAUUUUGACGCCACCAAUACUGUCGUAGUCCAACCAUCACACCGCAAGGAAGGUGAUAAAAGAAGGCAUUGGCUGCUUUAACCCGGCUUACGGAAAAGUCUCUCAAGGAGUGAAAGAAAUUUGAAGGAAAAGAUUGAGUAAAACCCAGGGAAAAUGAAAACCUCCAGAGCCCUGACCCACUGAGCAACUGAACUGGAAUGAAAUCUUGAUCUAUUUUUCCUAAUAGUAACCAAGUUAGCAAUGAGUGGGCGUAUAUAAUGGCCAAGAAUAAGGAUGCACGCUCCCUGACAUUUUCCAUUAGUGUGGUUGGCCUCUCUGGGACUGAAAAAGAAAAGGGCAACUGUGGAGUGGGCAAGUCCUGCCUGUGCAAUCGAUAUGUGCGCCCAGAUGCAGACAAUUACUACUCUGAGCACACCUCAGUGCUCAGUACAAUAGACUUUGGCGGACGUGUAGUCAACAAUGACCACUUCCUUUAUUGGGGGGAGGUGAACAUUCGGGGGGAGGAGGGUUUGGACUGUAAAAUCCAAGUAAUUGAACAAACUGAGUUCAUUGAUGACCAAACAUUUCUUCCACAUCGAAGUACAAAUCUACAGCCAUAUACCAAACGAGCUGCAGCAACUAAGCUCCAGUCAGCAGAGAAGCUUAUGUACAUCUGCACUGACCAGCUGGGCUUGGAGCAGGACUUUGACCAGAGGCAGAUGCCUGAUGGGAAACUGAACAUUGAUGGCUUUGUGCUUUGUGUUGAUGUUAGUAAGGGUUGUAAUAGGAAAUUUGAUGACCAAAUGAAAUUCAUUAACAGCCUCUACUCACAAAUCGUUAAGUCAAAGAAACCUAUUGUUGUUGCUGCCUCAAAGUGUGAUGAGUAUAUGGACCAGCAUUUGAGGGAUCUGCAGACCUUUGUGGCCAGCAAAAAGAAUUUGAUGUUAAUUGAGACAUCAGCACGUUUCAAUGUCAACGUAGAGCACUGCUUCAAUACCCUUAUCCAGCAGAUUGAUAAAACAAGAGGAAAGCCUAAAACUAUACCAUACCAGGAUGCCUAUAAAGUCCAUCGACAGCUCGCUGCCUCAGUAACAGAAAGAUUUGAGAAGCUCAUUGUGCAAACAGUGAGGGACUAUCAUAUUACGUGGAAAACAGUCAUAAAUAACUUGAAAGGUCAGCCAGACUAUGAUGAGUUUAUCACCCUAGAGGGAUCUCGAAAAGCUCGCUCCAUGUUCACAAAGUACAUUGCACAACUGAAACAGGAGCACAUCAAACGCCGGCGGGAAGAGUACUUAGUAACACUUCCAAAAACCCUUAACAAUAUUUUCUGUAGCCUGGAGGAAGUUGAACACCUAUCAUGGCCUGAGGCACAGACUAUAAUCCGAAACCGGCAAGAUUUCCAGUGUUGGUUUGUGGUACUGGAUCAUACACCAUGGGAUGAGUCAGAUCACAUUGAUAAUAGUGAUCGUAGAAUACCCUUCGACCUCCUUAAUACUCCUGAUGGGGAGAGAAUUUACUAUUCCCAUGUCCAGCACUUGCUAUCUGAGAAAAGAAGGGUGGAGAUGAAAGAUAGGUUCAAGAAAACUCUGGAAAGGGUUCAUUUUAUUAGUCCAGGACAACCAUGGGAGGAGGUCAUGUGCUUUGUCAUGGAAGAUGAGGCCUACAAGUACAUCACUGAAUCUGACAGAAAGGAUGUUUACUGUAGGCACCAGCAGGAAAUAGUUGAAAAGGCCAAAGAGGAUUUUCAGGAAAUGCUGUUUGAGCACGCUGAGCUGUUUUAUGACUUGGAUCUUAAUGCAACUCCCAGUUGUGACAAGAUGACAGAAAUUCACAGUGUACUAAAUGAGGAGCCCCGGUACAGAGCACUGCAGAAACUUGCCCCAGAUAGAGAGUCGCUACUCCUUAAACACAUUGGGUUUGUCUACCAUCCCACUAAGGAGACGUGCUUAAGUGGACAGAACUGUGUAGAUCUGAAAGUAGAGCAGGUUUUGGCCAACAGGCUGGUACAGCUUGACCACGGACGCUCAAAUCUCUACUAUACCAGUGCCAACAUUGAUAAGAUCAACCUCUGCCUUCUUGGAAAAGAUGGGCUCUCACAGGAACUAGCAAAUGAGAUCCGAGCUCAAUCCACAGAUGAUGAGUACACGCUUGAUGGUAAAAUUUAUGAACUAGAGCUUCUUCCUGUGGAUGUUAACUCCACUCUCCUAUUCAGUCACACAUGGGUUGCUACUUUCAAACCUCAUGGCUGCUUUUGUGUGUUUAACUCUAUUGAGUCUCUCAACUGUAUUGGUGAUUGCAUAGGUAGGAUCAGAGCAGAGAUAGCACAGAAUAGACGAGAUCAGUUUGCUCAGCCACUCCCUUUUAUUCUCAUUCUUUCAAGUCAGAGAGACAAUGUUUGCAAAAACAUACCUAUUCUAAGGCACCAAGGCCAGCAGCUUGCAAACAAGUUGCAGUGUACCUUUGUUGACAUUCCCUCAGGAGCUUUUCCAAGGAAAUUCACAGAAUUCCAAAUUAAGCAGGGGCUCAGGGCAGUGCUGGAAGGCCUUAAGCAUAACUUGGAUGUCUUGGCACCCCUACCGUGUAUUAAAGACAUGGCUGAGACAGAUCUUAGAAUAGUCAUGUGUGCUAUGUGUUGGGACCCUUUUAGUGUUGACCUCAUCCUCUCACCUUUCUUAGAUUCACAUUGCUGUAGUGCAGGACAGCAAGGCCAGAGCAAUACACUCAUACUCGAUAAGAUUAUUGGGGACAACCGGAAAAGGAUCCAAGUCACUAUACUCUCUUACCACUCAGCUAUUGGUGUCCGGAAGGAUGAACUUGUGCAUGGCUAUAUUCUGGUCUACUCUGCCAAGCGCAAGGCAUCAAUGGCAACCCUACGGGCAUUCUUGGCCGAAGUUCAAGAUGUGAUCCCCGUCCAGAUGGUGGCGAUAACAGACAGUCAAGCGGACUUCUUCGAGAGUGAUGCCAUAAAGGAGCUCAUGACUGAAGGGGAGCACAUUGCCACAGAGAUUGCUGCUAAGUUCACAGCACUCUAUUCCCUGUCACAGUAUCACCGGCAGACGGAGGUUUUUACACCCUUCUUCAACGAAGUGCUAGAAAAAAAGCCAAACAUUGAGAAGGCCUUCUUGCUUGACAGCUCCACUCGCGACUGCACCACCAGUGAAGAUGUUUUCCCCACAUCACCUCAUAGUCAUUUGCCAGCUUACACCGCCUAUUAUCCUGAAUCAGAUGAUGAUAAUGAGGCCCCCCCACCUUACAGUCCAAUUGGUGAUGAUGUGCAACUUCUGCCUACACCCAGUGAGCGGGCAAAGUACAGGAUUGAUCUAGAGGGAAAUGAGUACCCCGUUCACAGCACACCUGCCGGAGACCAUGAUCGCAACCACAAAGUGCCCCCACCAGUCCGACCUAAACCUGUGCUCCCUAAGCCUAAUGUAAAGAAGCUCGACCCCAACCUGCUUAAAACCAUUGAGGCAGGCAUGCGAAGCAAUCGCAGGAUGCCUCGUGGCCCAGUCACACACACUGAAGAUGUGGAAACUUCAGACAACUAUGCAGAGCCUGUUGACACCCUGGUUAGAUCCAGAGGUUUCCACAGCGACAACAUCUAUGUUGUACCUGAAGACGCACACAGCCGUCUGGUGAAAAUUACACCUCCAUUCCUCCAUUCAGGAGGAGAUGAGGAGAACGGAUUUGAUCGAAAGUCUCAAGCCAUGAGGCGACCGUCUAAGUACAAGCAUCGUUCUAAGAUCCUCUUCAGCAAAACAAAGGCCUAUCAAAGACGAUUUCAUUCUGAUAGUGAUGGUGAAGAGUUUUGCCCUGCCACACAGAAAAAGAAAAAGGGAAGAGCCCAUAGAGGCAGUGAGGAAGACCCUCUUCUCUCCCCAGCUGACCCAUGGAAGAUUGGUAUAGAUAAUCCUGCAAUCACCUCUGAUCCUGAAGAUGAUAAGAAGAUGAAGAAGAAGAAGACAUCAAAGACACUGAAGGACCAGAAAAAGCCCAAAUCGACCAAGCCCCCGAAGCCACUUUACCCACCCACUCGGAGAACCUGGGACAGCAACUACUUUGGCGUUCGCCUGCAGAAUCUGGUGACUUCAGAGCGUCCCAUCCCACUCUUCAUUGAGAAAUGUGUUGAAUACAUAGAACGCACAGGUCAGCCACUCAUUUUCUCAUCUUCGGUCAGUUUUUUUUUAAUCUACAGCGUGAAUUUCUUCAGUUCUUUCAAAAAUACUUAUCCAUCUUUUUAAAUGUUGACUUCUUUC